CAGCUGGCUAUGUAGUAGAGGGGAGAUACAAGACAAGGACAUUCACCAUGAAGCUGUUGAGAUUCCUGGUCGUGAUCUUUGCGGACUUUCUUCUUUGCAAAGGGUCGCAUUCCGACGAUUCGUCCUAUUUUGAUUUGCUACCAUUACUGGCAAAGCUAAAUGACAGAAUCAACCACCUGGCAACAAAAUUUCAAAACAUAGAGGCCAAAUUAGCUUCAGGAGAAGAAUGGACACUCGCGUUUCGUGGCACAGCUAACGUAGGAAAAUCUGUUUUUGCCGCCUAUCGGAACGGUACUGGGAUACCAAGUGAAGUAGAGCCGGGAUGUAAACAGGUGACAGAGCCACUGCCCUGCUCCAACCACUACAGAAACAAAGAAGUGUUCGACAGCUGGGAUCGUGUAGAGAAAGUCGCCUUCAUCGUGUACUCUAACUACACAAAAGUCAAAGAAAUUUUGUUUGACGGCUCAGGAUCAACCUACAUGGACUGGUUCAACAAGGCUAGGGUCAAGUUUUCUACGUGGAACCAAAUUAAGACAGACGUCACUAACUUCUUCUCAAUUGAAGGGUAUAUACCAGUAAAAGCAGUACAGAGAACCUUCUUUGUCAACAGCAUUUACAAUGGAUGUCCCAAUGACAAAGGUUGGUUCGUCGCUAUAGAUAUAGCUGGAAGCAGUUACAGUUGUGACUGGGAGACAACCAGCACAUUUCCAGUCUUCAAAUACGCCAGACAGAAUCAGGCAGAAAACUGGACCACUGGCGAUGUGGGUAUAGCUGACAUGUUUGCCAUCUUUGUUAAAUACUACGACAUGCCUUGAUGUGAUCGUGGCAAUGCACUGGAACUGGUCAUAUUGAAAUAAAUAUUUCAAAUUUGA